AUGAAUCCUAAGAAUCCCAACAAGCCUGCUCCUAUAAUCACUCCAAAGCCAAUGCCUGCCUUUUGUCCGCCACUCAGUCCUUUUGAAUCUGCACCACCCUUUUCAUUCAAUGCUUCGUUCGUGGUCGGCGCCGGUGGCGGAGAUGAAUUUACAUCAGGCGAAGGUGCGGGUGGCGGUGGUGGAGUCUCAGUGGUAUUUGAUGGUGGCGGUGGCGGAGGCGGACUGCCAGCUGUGUUGGAUGGCGGUGGCGGAGGUGGACUGCCGGUUGUGUUGGAUGGCGGCGGCGGAGGUGGACUGCCAGUUGUGUUGGAUGGCGCUGGCGGAGGUGGACUGCCAGUUGUGUUGGAUGGCGGCGGCGGCGGCGGUGCACCAUCAGUUGUAUUCAAUGGCGGUGGUGGAGGAGGAGGAGAUGCAUCUUGA